AUGCGCGUCGGCCCCGAGUAUGUCUUCCGAGCGCUUGCUCCCGCCGCCGUGCUUUUAUUGCUCGGUCUCGUCCUGCUCAAGUCGCCCGCUCCGGCUCAUCGGCAUUCCACGUCGGCCAGCUUGUCGGCUUUGGAGGAGCAGCGACGGCCGUCUGGCCAGGCAGCUGGAGCGUCAAGACGGGACGCUGGCAACAGCACCUUGGGCUUCAGCGGCAUCUACUUCAUCAACAUGAAGAAGCGCUAUGAUCGCCUCGACGCCCUCGCGCUACAAUGUUUCCUGUCUGGCGUAGAGGUGAAGCAAGUGCCCGCCGUUGAACCCGACAUGAUGAGCGAUGCAGGCAUGCCGCCUAGUAAAUCACCAGGCUCGGUAAAGGUAGGCGAGAGGGGAGCUUGGAGAGCGCACGCAAAUAUCUGGUCAGCCAUGCUGAGGAAUAACCUCCCGCCCGUCAUCAUCCUUGAAUCAGACGCAGCCUGGGACGUCAACAUUCGCAAAAUCAUGCUCAACAUGAAUAAACACUUUCGCAAAUUUGUAGCGAGCAUCAACUCGACCAGGCUGCACAAUCCCCGCUGGAGAGACGACGCGGACGAAUCCAUCCGCGGCACCGAGGCAGCAGACGAUCCGUGGCAGAGCGACCACUGGGACAUCCUCAGUCUCGGGCAUUGUCACGACACCGAGGCAAACAGAAACAUCAGCCUGAUCUACGACGACCCCGCCGUGCCGCCGGGCAAGGAGUUUGGCGGCACGGUUCUCGGCCGCCAGAGAGUGAUCCGGAAAGCAGGGAACAUUGUCUGCACGACCGCAUACGCAGUCAGCCAGACGGGGGCAGCCAAGCUGCUGGUCAAGACGUCCCAGAACCUCGACGCCCCGCUGGAUUUGAUUGUCGGGGGCAUGGCCGAGGCCGGGGAGCUCGUGGCCUACAGCGUGAUGCCGCCCAUCAUGGCGCAGUGGCAGUAUGUGGACGGCAUCGGCAUGGGCGAGCGCGGCGCCAACAGCGACAUUCAGGGGGCGCGGGAAGAUUGGGAAAGGGGAGGGGAGAAGAAGGACUCCUGGGAUGAGGUCGAGAAGUCUGGCAGUGUGUGGACGACCAAGCCUUACCACGAGGACGUUGCGUUCCAAGACAUGGCCCUCCAGGUUGCCUGGCAGAGGAUUUUUGGGCGCAACAACAGGGGCGAGUGA